AUGGCCAUCUUUUCUAAGACACCUCAAACUCCGCAAACUCCCGACACGGACGUUAAAAGGUCUGACAACUCCCAUGUCGAAGAUGUGAGCUCCACCCAUGUGGUCGAUGAAAAGGCCCAAGGCGAUUAUUCCGGCGCAACGGCCAAAGUCGACCCCGUUGAAAUCAGACUUGUUCGCAAAUUGGACUUGAGGAUCAUGCCAAUCCUGUGGGCAAUGUAUUUUUUGAACUACAUCGACCGCAAUGCAAUCGCGAAUGCACGUCUCAAUGGCCUAGAGGAGGACCUUGGCCUUGAGGGAACCCAGUACAAUACUUGCAUUUCAAUCUUGUUUGUAGGAUAUCUCUUGAUGCAGAUCCCGUCGAACAUGCUCAUGUCUUCGAAUAAAUUCAGACCAUCGCUAUACAUGAGCGUUUGCAUGGGUCUCUGGGCUAUAGUCUCAGCUUGCACAGCUCUCACCAAGAAUUACGUUGGUCUCUUGAUGGUCCGGUUCUUCUUGGGAGUCACCGAGGCUCCCUUCUAUCCGGGCGCGCUAUUCCUCCUAUCAGUCUUCUACACGCGCAAAGAGAUUGCGCUCCGCAUUUCGAUCCUAUAUACCGGCAAUAUCGUCGCUACUGCUGUGGCCGGUCUGAUCGCAGCCGCCACAUUUGCAACCCUGGAUAACCAUAUGAACUUGAAAGGGUGGCAGUGGCUAUUCAUCAUCGAAGGAGCUGUAACAUUUGGUGUUGCCGGUCUCGGCAUCUUCAUGUUGCCAGACCAUCCACUGACGACAAAGUGGCUGACCCCGGAGGAACGACAACUUGCUCACGAUCGCAUUCAACGUGAUACGGUUAGUAGCGAGGAGUCCAAGGGUGCCCUUGCAGGCUUGAAGCAAGCCAUGGCUGACCCACGUGUCUACCUCUUGGCUUUCAUGCAAAACAUGCAUCUCAGUGCCUGUGGCUUCAACAACUUCUUUCCGACUGUUGUUGGGAGUCUUGGAUUCAACAGUACCAUAACCCUGGUGCUUACAUGUCCGCCUUAUGUGUUCUCCGGGAUCUGCUGCAUCGUUGUUGGCAUCACUUCUGGACGGUACAACGAACGCACAUGGCACAUCACCCUUGCUAUGGGUGUUGCAGUCAUAGGGUUUAUAAUUUCCUGCGUGACACUGAACAAGGGCGCCAGAUACGUGGCUUGUUUCAUGUUUGCCAGUGGUGCAUAUGCUGUCAACUCGGUCAUAUUGGGAUGGGUCUCCGCGACACUCGGUCAGACACCUGAGAAGAAAGCCGCUUCUAUUGGGUUCAUCAAUGUGGUUGCAAAUGCAUCUUACAUUUAUACGGCGUAUCUUUACCCAAAGAGUGAUGGACCUCGGUACUUGACUGGAAUGUCGGCAAAUACAGCGUUUGGGAUCGCAACUAUUGGGAGCGCUUGGGCUCUGAGGUGGUGGUUGCAGAGCACAAACCGGAAGAUUCUGAGGGGAUCUGUGCCUAAUGCCGGUGAUGUUCUUUAUGCCUAUUGA